AUGCCUCGCGAAAAACGUGAAUCUGUACCUGUAACCUUAAACGAUGAGAGGGACGGAGGCCAAAUUCAGAAUGCACGGUCUGCAACCUCAACGGUAUAUCCAGAAUCAGUAUCUGCGUUGUCGGUACAACAACUAGAAGACGUUCAAGCGAGAUUGGAGGGAAUGCGAUCACGAGCUUUCAGGAGGGAAAGGGAGGAAGGAAACUUCACUCUUGGUUGCUUAAAACUAUUUCAUACUAGAACAAGAUUUAUCAUGGUGAUACUGGUGCUUUUUUGCCUGGCUUCUGUUUGGUCAAAUAUUCUGACCUUUAACAUCGCAGCGUUGUGUAUGAAUCCAAAUAAUUCCACUGACGACGACUUUACACCUCUAAAUUCUUCACAACCCUUCAAACCAAGGCCAUCUUUAUUCACUCCACGUCAAAGAACUUACCUUACUUCAGCAGUUGCAGCUGCCGCACUAAUCGCAAAUUUUCCUCUAGUAUCUAUCGUCAACCAAUUUGGUAUUCGCACGGUGUUCACCUUGUUAGGUUUAUUCUCAGCAUUCUCUACCUGUCUGCUCCCAACUGCCACUCGCCUUGGAUUUAGUUAUUUACUCGGAGCUAGGAUUUUACAAGGCAUUGCAUUCGCUGCGAAUUUUCCAGUCAUUGGUGAAUUCACUUCUAAAUGGACAUACUACAAGCAGAAUGGAUUAUUCGUCAGUAUACUAGUGGCAUACGUUCAACUAGCACCAGCGUUAACGAUGUCCAGUAGUGGUAUGCUGUGCUCAUCGCAUUGGGGAUGGCCCUCUGUAUACUACGCUCAUGGCAUUAUAUCUGUUAUACUCUUCAGUGUUUUUGGAAUAUUUUACAGGAACAGCCCAUCAAAGCAUCCGUUUGUUAAUGAGCAAGAAAGAACUAAAAUAGCAGUUGGCAAAACAGAAUGCACGAAGGAAGAAAUAAGCCACAUACCAUAUUCAAAUAUCUUACAAACUGCAUCGGUUUGGGCAGUGUGGUUGGCAGCUAUUGGUAACUUCACCUGCGUUAACGUUCUGUUCCUUUACUCGCCAACUUAUCUGCACAGAACGCUCGGCUUUGAAAUGUCUCAUACUGGUCUGGCCGCUGCUAUACCACCACUGUUACAGUUUUUGAUUAAACUUUUUGCUGGUUUUACUUCAGACAAGAUUAAAUUUUUGGGCGAAACUGGAAAACUGCGUUUGUACAAUUCUUUUGCCUUCCUCGGCUGUGGAACUUUUUUGGCCGGUGUUGCAUUUAUUCCGAUAUCUCAUCGUAACUUUGCAAUAAUAUGUUUGGGUGCAGCCGCUGGAAUCCUUGGAUUUACUACUGGUGGUUUCUUUAAAGCUGCUCCGCUAGUAUCAAAACAUUACAGUCCAUUCGUUACGGGCAAUGUUUCUUUAGGUCUUAUGUGCUCAGCUGAUCCGGCUCCAUGGACGACAGACGAGUUUUCAAGAGAAGCCUCUAGGCUUAGAAUGGCUGCUAGAGCAUCAAAAUCUCAAAUAGCUCCAGAAUUGUCAAUGGGCUAA